UCUUUCUUGGGUUGCUCACACUUACUUUGCUUAUAUCGCUUGUCUCAUGCUGACUAGUAGUGUUGAAUCAUUGAAUGUGACACAAAUAAAAUAAAAAAAUAAUUUCAAAUUUUUUUUAUAAAAAGAGUAAAGAAAACUAGCAUGAUAUUGAUUAUGAUGGUGUUUGAAGAACAUGACAUAAUUAAGUAGGGACAUUCAUGUGCAUGAGCAUGAACAUAGUGUUAAAACUUGUUGUCUCAACUCUCUACUAUUCUCUCUCAUGCAUCACAUUGUGUUAAUGUAACUUCUGUUUCUAACAUUACUUUUUGGAACCAUUUAUUGCUUUUUGUGUCGGCUUCACCACCACCACACUGCUUUUUGUGACUUAUGUUAGAUUGUGAUUUUGAGUUAUGACUUAUUUGACUCUUUUCUCAAAUGGGUUUGUUUCAUAAGUUAUUCUCCUGCAGUCUUUAUGUUCAAGUUUGGAAAUUUAUGAUUCUGCAUUGAAGCUACUUCUUUGGGUUUUCUCACAUUCAUUCUUCAAGAUCUACUCCAGCCUUUGGAUUCAUCAAUGGGGAAAGAGUUGGAGUUGGAUCUCAAUGAAAAAUCUUUAGAAGGUCUAAGUCCCAAUACUGUUCUUCCACCUCAACAAUAUUGUGUGAAUGUUAAGAAGAGAUCUAAAAAAGGGAAAUCAUCAGGGAAAGAUGAAGUUUUUACCCUAAAGGAGGACUUUGCAGAGAUUAAAUUUGCUCGCUUCCGAAGUUCUUCGUGUAAGAGCCGUCUCUCUCGAUCUCAUGGAUUGGAAGGUAAUGAUGAUAUUGAAACAAGGAGGGUUUCCAUGUAUCAAAGUUCAGAGGAAGUAAAAAACGUCAAGAAAAUGGGGGGAAGGCAAAAGAUAGAAUUUUCAAGGAGGAGUGACAUCUCUUUGUCAAGUAGCAUUGUUGAUUCUUUAUGUGGUUCGGAUGAUGAAGAUUCCAAUCAUAGGCCUUCAGAUAUAUCUCAGUAUUCAAAUUUUAGUUCAAGGUCCUCGGCUUGCCAUGAGCCGGACAAUUCAAAUGGAUUUUUUGAGAUUUGCAUGCAUUCAGAUGUUAAGAAUAAAAAAUCUACUGCAGUAGAAGGUAGAGGUUCCGGAAAUUUGAAGUCCAAAAGUGACAAAGUUGCUGAUUCUAUAAUGAAUGGAAAUUUUCUUCUUGAAAAGGAGAAAAUUCACUCACUGCAGAAAUCACUCUCUGCUAAGGUAGAAGCCUCUUACUUGCUACCUCCUUCUUUGGAUAGUGAUUGCUCGUCAAAAGUGCGAUUCACACCGGUCAGGAAAAAGACGAAUAAUUUCAUAAAGUCGAAAUCUUUGAGAAGUCCACUGAGUCAUAUUGCGGAAACUAAUGAGGAGGUACAAUCAAAUGAGACAGCAAACAUUAUGAUCAACAGGACUUAUCAGAAAUAUAUGCUGAAUGAUUUAUCGAACUCAGGAAAACAUUCUGACAUUAUUUCUGAAUUUAUCAACAGAGAAAUAAAGUAUUCUGGUAUUGCGUCUUCGCCGGUUCACUUGCACGGUAAUCUCAAGAUGGAAAACAAACAAGGAAUGCCUUUUUUUGAGUUUAAGGUGAAGUGUCCUGAAGAUGUGUUUGUGGCAAAAACAUGGAGAAUAGGUAAUGGUUUCAAUUUUGUAUAUACCUUUCACUCCAUUGAUAAUAGAAAGAAAAGCAAUGCUACUGGGACGGAAUCUCAUGAUUUCGACAAAGAUUCCUCAAUAGUAGCUAAGAUGCUAGUUUCCAGUAAUUUAUGUUCUGAAAUAAAAGACAAAUCUGACAACUCUAUGGUGACGGAAUUUGUGUUGUACGAUCUUUCACACUCAAGACAUAGUGUUUCAUCCAAAAAAAAGUCUUUAUGUGAACAAAAUGUGCUCAAAACUCGAAAAGCUUCCCGUGUUGGACCGAAAGACGAAACUUUUGAGAUGGAAGAGAACCUUACAGUCAAAAACAAACUUCAAGGCGAAUCAAAUUUGUUUUCUUUGUUGCCUACUGAAUCCUAUUCGAACCUUGAAAUUGCUGCCAUUGUCUUGGAAAUACCAUUUUCUAAGAGAGAAAGCUUGAAGUACAAGAGAGGGGAUAGAUUAUCUGCUAAAGAACAUUCCAACCUAAGCAAUCUUUGUGCAGUAGUUGAUCAGAGUAGAAAGAGUCUUCAUGACAGAAAAUUUCAGGAACAGUUGAAGGUGGUAAUACCAACAGGCUACCAUGGUUUGCCGAAGGAUGAAUGUCGAGGUCCCUCUCCAUUACUUGAUCGGUUGAGACACGGUGGAGGUUGUGAUUGUGGUGGCUGGGACAUGGCAUGUCCCCUCGUACUUUUAGGCAAUCCUAGUAUUCAAUUUGCCGAAGAUCACUCACUUAUAGAGGAAUAUCAACCACUACAACUUUUUGUUCAGGGAGCAAAAGAAAGUAAUCCUACUUUCAGCAUGAAAAUGGUUGAAGAGGGGCAUUAUGCUGUUGAUUUUCAUGCGCAAUUAUCCACAUUACAAGCAUUCUCCAUCUGUGUUGCCAUUUUGCAUGGAACUUCUGCCUCCAGCGGUCCAGGGAACGAGAAAAACCAGCAGCAGUUAUCUAAAUGCAGUUCAUUGAAAAUGCUUCUUGAGGACGAUGUAGAGUGUCUUUUCAAAUCAAUCACAACCGAGAAGAAUACCGCAUACAAUUCCCCAAAAGGAAUUCCUAGGUCCUAUGUGCCAAACCCACCUUUUUCUCCUAUUGCGCGAGUAUAAAAGUGUUGGCUAGGACAUAGAUAUGUUAUUAUUACAUAGUGAGUUGGUCUACAUCAAUAUGAAGAUUUUCUGUUUUAAACAGUUCCCUGGUUGCUGAAACUGUAAAACAACACCCUCAGAGGUUAUAGAAAAUGUGAAGGGGAUGCUGUUAAAGGUGAUAGGGGGUAGCAUGUUAGUUAUUAUUAGUUAGAGGUAUCAAAAUCAUUUUUUGUAACAAGUUCUUGAAACUUGAAAGUAUAUGAGACAGAAACCCAAAAAUUGUUCAUAUUGCAAUGGGAUAAAAUCAAGAAAGGGGGGAUGAAGAGAGGGAGGUAGCAUAGCAGUCCUCUUUCUCUUCCUGUUUGUAUCUAUUGAAAUAAAGUUAUAUUCUGAAAUGAAAUGAUAAUGAUGGGAAAUGGAUUGGAAUAUUAUUUUA